CGGGGCCUAGGCGGAAGGAAGGAGGCGUAUUGUUGCCAUCACUGCUCCUGUUACCGGCUUGUCCCGCGUUCUGUCGAUGGGGAUGGAAAUGGACCCGCUGCUCCAUGCCUUGAGUUACUUCAGGCGGAGGAAGUUCCAGCUCUGCUCUGAUCUUUGCUCCCAGUUGCUGGAAAAGGAACCUGGCGACCAGGCUGCUUGGUGUCUGAAAGUACGAGCAUUAACAGAAAUGGUUUAUGUGGAUGAAAUUGAUGUGGAUCAGGAAGGCAUUGCUGAGAUGAUGCUUGAUGAAAAUGCAAUUGCACAAGUUGCACGGCCUGGUACUUCACUGAAAGUCCCUGGAACCAGUCAGGGUGGAGGUCCUAGCCAGGCCGUCAGGCCAGUGACUCAGUCAGGGAGGCCCCUUACUGGAUUUGUACGACCCAGUACACAGGGUGGACGACCAGGUACUAUUGAACAAGCUAUAAAGACUCCAAGAACUGCUCACACUGCCCGUCCAAUGACCAGUUCUUCAGGGAGAUAUGUCAGGCUUGGAACGGCCUCAAUGCUCACAAAUCCUGAUGGCCCCUUCAUAAAUGUGUCCAAACUGAACUUAAAUAAUUAUGCUCAGAAACCAAAAUUGGCAAAGGCAUUGUUUGAAUAUAUUUUUCAUCAUGAGAAUGAUGUUAAGAAUGCUUUAGAUUUGGCAGCAUAUGCCACACAACAUGCCCAGUUCAAGGACUGGUGGUGGAAAGUGCAAAUUGGGAAGUGUUAUUACAGGCUAGGAUUAUAUCGUGAAGCAGAAACACAAUUUAAAUCAGCUCUCAAACAACAGGAUAUGGUAGAUACAGUAUUGUAUUUGGCAAAGGUGUAUUCCCGCUUGGAUCAGCCUUUGACAGCUUUAAAUGUUUUCAAGCAAGGAUUAGAUCGGUUUCCUGGUGAGGUCUCCCUUAUUUGUGGCAUUGCCAGAAUCCAUGAGGAAAUGAACAACAUUUCUGCAGCAGCAGAAUACUAUAAAGAUGUCUUAAAACAGGACAAUACUCAUGUGGAAGCCAUUGCAUGCAUUGGAAGUAAUCACUUUUAUUCUGACCAGCCUGAGAUAGCAUUGCGGUUUUACAGACGACUGCUACAGAUGGGCAUUUAUAACAGCCAACUUUUUAACAACCUGGGCCUCUGUUGUUUCUAUGCCCAGCAAUAUGACAUGAUUCUCAGCUCCUUUGAACGUGCACUCUCUUUAGCUGAAAGUGAGGAGGAGGUUGCAGAUGUGUGGUACAACUUGGGACAUGUAGCUGUGGGAAUAGGAGAUAUAAGCUUGGCUUAUCAGUGUUUGAAACUGACAUUGGCCAACAACAAUGACCAUGCAGAAGCUUACAAUAACUUGGCUGUGCUGGAGAUGCAAAAAGGUCGUACUGAGCAGGCAAGAGUGUUUCUGCAGACCGCUUCAUUGAUAGCACCUCAUAUGUAUGAGCCAUACUUCAAUUUCGCUAUACUGUCUGAUAAGGUUGGAGAUCUCCAGAGGAGUUACAUAGCAGCUCAGAAGUCUGAAGAAGUUUUUCCACAACAUGUGGAUACUCAGCAACUUAUCAAGCAGUUAAAGCAGCACUUUGCAAGACUUUGAUGAAACACUUGCCAUUUAAAGAUACCCAUUUUUCUUCAAAGCUGCCAAGUAGUUCAAAUGCAGAGCUUUGACUAUGCUGACUUCAGGCAGCCUGAACCUUGUUACCCUCCCCAACUGGGUAAAAGUUGCUGCCUUAAGCAGGAAGAGCUUUAAGAAGAUAGUCUAUUUAAUGUGUGCAAUGGCAGCAUUGCUUUGGGUAUAUUAGGUGAACCAAGGCAGCAGUUAAUGUCAGCCCAUGUUGACUGAUGGGACCAUUUCCAUGGAGUAGUUGGUAGAAAAGGAAAUUUACCCUUAUUGGAUGGUUUCUCUUUAUAUGCCUCAGUUUAUUCCUUUUUCAAGAAAGCAUUUCCCCUUUUAAUCACUAUCUGAUGAGUGAUUGUGUUGCACAGUUUUGUGACAAUUAAUAAGCUCAACUGUGAGCAGUCAGGUUGCUUAGCAUUUCAAGGCAGCAUGUUUUUCUUAUUUGGGAGUAUAGACUGUAUAAAAGGCACUAAAAGCAAUUCUACUCAUUGCUAAAAUUUAUAUGGAUGUGUGCUGGUCUACCAGUCCACUUUCCAUCGGUGUUUAUGAUUGUGGGGCCAGUAUAGGCCAUACACUGAAUUAGAAUGCAUAGAAAAACCACCCACCCCAUCAGACUAGGGCCAAGGAGACAAAGAGGGAAGCUGUUACCUGGAGUUGUGAGGUGUAUAGAAAGACAACUUGAAAAUGGGUAGCUCAUUGGAGCCAGGUUCCUUUGGGAAAGGAGAUUGGAACAACAGAGUGGUGGGAGCAAUGAAAUACUUUCCCUCCCUGAUUUCCCUGAUGAAAGCUGAGACAGAAAAAAUAGGCUUACAACUCCUAGCAUGCUGGGAGUUGUAGGCUUUUAUCUGUCUAAGCAUUCAUAGGAUUGUGCCCUUAUUCUCAUUUCUAAACCCCAGUUAAGAAACUAGUGGAGAGAUGUGUAUUGUUUCCAGCAGUUUGAGAAGUCUGAAGAUAUUGAAAUAUAGGAAUUGCUAUCAUACAUGCUGAGUAUUUUUCUUCAUUUUUUACUCUUUAAAGUUCACCAAAUCUAAUGCGCUCUUCAACAUAACAAGCAUUUUCUGGAAUUCAUCCAAGUGUUAUAAUCAGUGAAUGAUCAUUUGUUUGUGGUAACUCUAAGGGCAGCUGACCCUUAAAAUAGCCAGAUAAACAAAGUCAUAGAGUCCACUAUUCUGUAUUUUGUAAUUGUCAUAAAUGAAAAUGCCAUUUUCUAUUAAUCUUGCAUCAGAAAUUCUUCUACAGAAGGACCUAGUUUGUUAAAAUUGAAACAUUGAUCUUUUCCCACACAAGCCCCUUCAAAUUAAGUAGAUAUUAUAUGACACUUGUAGAAUCCCCUGCAGAUUGUGACCACGGAUGGAAAACUAAUGAGGGGGAAUAAAUCAGUCAAUACAAAACUGCUUAUUUAAAAAAAAAACUACAUUAACAGAAUACAUAGAAGUGUGGGCCAAUAUACUGCUUGAUAGAGAAUACAUGUAAUACCUGCUUUUAAAAAGUUAUAUUUGAGCUAGAAUUACCAAGCAUUUAAAAAAAAAUCUACCUUUACUAGUCCCAGUGUGGGAGGAAAGGUUGAUAAUGCUAUAUUUUCCAUGCCAUUUCUUCCUUUGGUCCAGUGGCUCACCUUCCCACCCCACUUGCUGAAGCAAACAGGAUGUAAUUUUGCCCUAUAUCAGAAGGAAAGUGAACUGCAGAUAAUGAAGCAAGAAAUGUAUUGAUAGUGAUCUCUCCAAUGGACAACACAAUCUUUUAGUCACAAGGCAGCACCUCAGUGGCCACAGGACUUUUUGGAGACCCAACUUAAAAGAUCAGGAAAUUAUGACAGACUCAUUGCUGGUCCCUGCAUUUGGAGAGCAACCCCACCAUGUGCCUGCGAUGGAGAGAAACACGUUGCUUCCCAGCCUAGCAACCCUGCAGAAGGGCUUCUGGGGAAGGGGAGCAGAAGGCAGCAGCUCAGCUGCCUUCUCUGUGGCUCUGAAGCACCUCAGGUAGAUGACUGAAAUUGGCCAUCCAGCUAAGUUGGUGGGAGAAACAUGGAGAUGACCUUCACUUCUGCACCUCUCCCAUUCCCAUAGGAUGCCCAUAAUCUUUCAGGUUCAGAGGGAUGCAGUUUUCUGAUUGGCUGGUGCCCUAAAUUGGUAUGGUUAAAAGAAAUAAAUUGCAAACAGCCUUGUUUCCAUUAGGUUUGCAUUCAUUUUAUUUCUGGUAUGCACAGCUCUUCAAAGUGAUUUUAUAUAUUUCAGGCAUUUGUAACAAUGCAGUCUAAAUUGCAGUUUGUGUAAGCAAUCUGCAUAUUUUUAAAGCUAUUUAUAAUAAAAUAGAGUACAAUCGAUUAUCAA